UUCUCUCAAAUCAUGAUUUAAGUAUUUUUCAGAUCGGUAUAAACAAAGAUGUCUUACGCUUACCUAUUCAAAUACAUUAUUAUCGGAGAUACAGGUGUUGGCAAAUCCUGUCUUCUUCUCCAGUUUACAGAUAAGAGGUUCCAACCUGUUCAUGAUCUAACUAUCGGAGUCGAGUUCGGAGCCAGGAUGAUCAAUAUCGAGGGGAAACAGAUCAAACUUCAGAUCUGGGAUACGGCAGGACAAGAAGCGUUCCGUUCCAUCACCAGAUCCUACUACAGAGGUGCAGCAGGGGCUCUACUAGUUUACGAUAUUACACGCAGAGACACAUUUAACCACCUGACCACGUGGUUGGAGGAUGCCCGGCAGCACAGCAACAGUAACAUGGUCAUCAUGCUCAUCGGUAACAAGAGUGAUCUCGAGGCGCGCCGUGACGUGAAGAGAGAGGAGGGAGAAGCAUUUGCCAGGGAGCACGGUCUUAUCUUCAUGGAGACAUCGGCCAAGACGGCCGCUAACGUCGAGGAGGCGUUUAUCAAUACUGCUAGGGAAAUUUAUGACAAGAUCCAGGAGGGUGUCUUUGACAUUAACAACGAGGCGAACGGGAUAAAGAUAGGUCCUCAGCACGCUGGUAGCGGUUCAAACCAACCGGCCGGCGGUCAGAACGCCGGAGCUUCAGGAGGAUGCUGCUAAAUAAAGAAAGAUUCUGCUUAUCUUGCAUUUCCAUCCCAUUCCUAACCUGGCUAUUGCACUGAGAACUGUACUGAACAUAGAACAGAUGAUCAGGCACCACGUGCUCUAAACAGCAGCUGACUAAACUGUACUUAUGUUAAGUGUAUCAGCUGUUCUAGGAAAAUUCAUCGGAUUUUGAGUUCCUUAUGUUCGUUCCCUAAUUAGUUUAAAGGCAUUAACAAAAGUUUUCUUUAAAAAAAUAUAAGGAGAUCAAGAAAUGCCAAAAAUCCAAUGCGAAGAUGAUCUACAACUAUGUACUAUUAAGCACCCCAUUUGCACGGAAAUGUGUAAACUAUUCUGAUUUACAUGAAUCAGUAUCAAGUACUUUUCCCUAUAUCCGCCAUCAGUGCUCUCUUUCUGUAACAGUAAGCUAAAUAUUUCAAACAAAGACCAGGACUUCCCCCCCCCCAUCCCCAUGUACCAGUUUUUUUUCUACAAAUCGAUGAUUGAUAAAUUUUAAUAGAUAUACAAUUAUUUAGCUUUGUUAUUUUUAGUUUGUUCCAAGUUUAGCUUAUUUAAUGCUAUCACUGAUUUACCCGAAUGUUGAAGAAAAAAUUUGUAGCAAGAUAUUAAAAUUACACAGAAACUAUUUUAGACCAAACCUACUUUUUAUUUCAAUUUUUUAACCAGUAAUUGUACUAUGUCUGUAUAAGGUUAUUAAAUGCUAGUCUUUGCAUCAUGAAUGGAUGUAAAUGUGUGCGUAAAAAUACGCUUGUAUAGUUUAAAUUUGCGUAAGUAUGUCGGGAGUUUAUUGUUGCACAAUCGUUAUUUCAUCAAAUAUAUCAAAUUUACUCGUUUUUUUUUAACUAGAAUAGAAAUCUUUUUUAAAUUUCCCCGUUAACCUUUGUAUGCGCUAAUUAAAAAAAAUUUAAUAUAGUAGAUAAAAAAAUCGGGGAAAAGUUCUCAAAUGGAUGAUUUUUAUUAAACCAAUUUUCAGGAUUCACAUAAAAAAUUGAUAGUUUUAAAAAUUCUCAAUGUCCGAUUUUUUUACUAUCUAUUAAAAUCUACCCUGGCCACUUCUAUAAAAUUAUGGCCGGCGCGUUUGGUUAUGUAAAUUCACAAGGAACAAUUUGUUCUAAAUCUCUCCCCGCCUUUCGUUCUUUUCAUCAUAAAUUAAAGAAUAAAAUUAUUUUGUUUAAUAAAUUGAAACCAUUUUGGAAACCUUUAAAUAUGAAAAACUAACGAAAACUGAAUCCUUUAAUGAGUUUUGUCGAAAAAAGGUUGCCCAUCACUGUUUACUUUGAUUCGAUUCGAUUCGAUUCGAUUCAAUUCGAUUCGAUUCGAUUCGAUUCGAUUCGAUUCGAUUCGAUUCGAUUCGAUUCAAUUCGAUUAUAUGUUUAUCUGUUCCCCUGAACCCUGAUAUUUAUUAGUUAGAAGUAGUUCAAUCAAAUCAUGGACAGUUAAUAUACGAUUUUUUUUUUGAGAAAGGAUUUAAGCUUGUUUUUUUUUCGUAUUUCAUAUAAUGAUUGAAAUGAGUUUGUUUUUAUUCAACAAAGGUUUCUUAUCUUUUCAAAUUGUUGUACAUUUAACUGUACAUCAAACUAAGUACAUAUUUUUACUACUAAUGAGCAUGGUUUUUUUAUUUAGUCAAAUUUUUGGUACAUACAUUCGGGUGACAUGUUUGAUGUACAGGGAUUGGGUACAAAACUUCAAUUUUAAUUGUAAAUACAGAUGAUCUGUACCUUUGUGAUCUUGUGAUUGUAUUUGAUGUAAAAAAAAUAUAUUAUUUAGUUGUCA